AUGCCUGUCGUAGGCCCGGAGAAGCUGGUCAAGCUCCAGCAGCAGGGCGAGGGUAUCAGAAAUGACCAUGGCAAGACCUCCCUAACCGACGCCCUCAUCGCCACCAACGGCAUCAUCUCCCCCAAACUCGCUGGCAAGAUCCGCUACCUGGACUCUCGCGCAGACGAACAGCUCCGCGGCAUCACCAUGGAAUCCUCCGCCAUCUCCCUCUAUUUCUCCCUCUUACGGCGUUCAGCCCCGGAAGCCCAGCCAGAGCAGAAAGAGUACUUGAUCAACCUGAUCGAUUCACCAGGCCAUAUCGAUUUCAGCUCUGAAGUCUCCACCGCUUCUCGUCUAUGCGAUGGCGCGGUCGUGCUGGUCGAUGCGGUGGAGGGCGUGUGCUCGCAGACUGUGACUGUGUUGCGGCAGACGUGGACGGAGAAGUUGCGGCCGCUGUUGGUGAUUAACAAGAUGGAUAGGUUGAUUACGGAGUUGAAGCUGAGUCCGGCUGAGGCUUACACGCAUCUAAGUAAGUUGCUUGAACAGGUGAAUGCGGUGAUGGGCAGUUUUGCGUUGGGUGAGCGGAUGGAGGAUGAUCUCAGGUGGCGGGAGAGAAUUGAGGAGAGGGUGAACAAGACUAAGGACCAGGAUGGACAGGGUGAGGGAGCGAAGGGGAGGAAGACGAGUAUUGCGCAAGACGAGGAAGGCGUGGUGAUGAGCAGUACGCCAGCCGAGUACGAAGAAAAGGACGAUGAAGACAUCUACUUCGAGCCGGAGCGAAAUAACGUUAUUUUCAGCUCUGCGAUAGACGGGUGGGCUUUUACGCCCCGGCAAUUUGCUGGGUUGUACGAGAAGAAACUUGGUAUUAAGCGGCAUAUUCUGGAGAAAGUGCUCUGGGGUGACUUCUAUCUGGAUCCGAAGACGAAGCGAGUUCUCAGCUCAAAGCAUCUCAAAGGACGGAAUCUGAAGCCAAUGUUUGUACAGCUGGUACUGGAGAACGUCUGGGCAGUUUAUGAGGCUACCACGGGUGGACCGAACAACAAGGGCGACCAUGGUCUGCUGGAAAAGAUUACAAAAAGCCUCAACAUCAACAUCCCAGCUCACAUCAUGCGGUCACGAGAUCCGAAGGCUUUGCUGAGUGCUGUGUUUGGCGCCUGGUUGCCGCUUUCUACUGCAUUGCUGGUGUCUGUUGUCGAGGGUCUACCAUCGCCUUCAGCCGCGCAGGAGUCCAGAAUGCCCGCAUUACUGGAGCAGUCACCUGGCGCUGAUCAGAUCGACGGAAAGAUCAAUGACGCAAUAGUUCAUUCGAAGCAAACAAUCGGCGAGCCGGUGGUGGCGUACGUGAGCAAGAUGGUCUCGAUACCGGAGAGCGAGCUGCCUGGAAACAAGCGAAAGGGCGGUAUGCUCAGUGCUGAGGAGGCUCGAGAGUUAGGCAGGAAGAAGAGAGCUGAGAUAGCAAGAGCGCAGGCUCAAGCGAACGGUGAGGCGGAUGUUGCUUCUGUCACUGAUGCGCUCAGCAGCGCUGCAAUCGGCGAAGACGAGGAGGUCGAAACGACGAAUGGCACAGAAAUGCAGGACGAGGAUCCCGAGCACUUGAUCGGCUUUGCAAGGCUGCUAUCCGGCACACUGACUGUAGGAGACGAAGUCUACGUCCUCCCACCGAAGUUCACGCCCGCAAGGCCUGACGCCCAUCCACAGCCGAAGAAGGUCACGAUUACAGCACUCUACCUCCUCAUGGGUCGCAGUCUGGAAACCCUCAAUUCCGUACCAGCAGGCAACGUGGUCGGCAUUGCUGGCCUCGAAGGCGCCAUUCUCAAGUCCGGAACCAUCUGCUCGCAACUCGACGGCGCUCCCAACCUCUCUUCCACUACAGCUAUCUCGACCAAUGCACCUAUCGUGCGUGUAGCGCUCGAGCCAGCAUAUCCUGGCGACUUGGAUAAGAUGAUCCGCGGCCUCCGUUUACUCGAGCAAGCAGAUCCAGCGGUCACUUACGAGCAGCUGGAGAGCGGUGAGCACGUCAUACUUACUGCUGGUGAACUACACCUGGAACGAUGUCUGAAAGACCUCCGAGAACGGUUCGCAAAGUGCGACGUCCAAGCUGGUGAGGCUAUCGUGCCGUAUCGGGAAGGUAUUGUGCGGGCAGAGGAGAUGGAGGCUCCCAAGAAUCCUGAGCUGGGCAGAGGCAGGGUCGAGAUGACGACCGCGAGCAAGCUUGUCACAAUCCGUCUGAGGGUGAGGCCUCUGCCGGCAACUGUAACGGAGUUCUUGGUGAAGCAUACUGGGGCAGUCAAGAGGCUGUACUCUGAAAGGAAGGCGCAAGAAGAGGAGCGCUCGGUCCCGAAGGGAGACGAUGUCGAUGGAGAGGAGACUAACGCAGACCAGCCCGAGGACAUUGAGGAGCACGAUGUUGAAGCUGGUGACUCAAUGGAGGAAGCAGGUCAGGUGCUGUCAAUGGAAGAGUUCAGGAAACGUCUAACAGAAGCUUUCGCUGAAGAGAAGGGUGAGAGAGAGGUGUGGAAGGAUGUGGUGGAUAAGAUCUGCUCAUUCGGACCUCGACGAGUCGGGCCCAACAUUUUGAUUGACGCUACUCACGAUGCCAUCUGCAAUCGCUUCCUCCACGAUGACGCCUCCCAAACCUCCAAUGGAGCAGCAGACAAACAAACCAACACCCUGGCCGACACAACCACCCACGCCUUCCAACUCGCCACCCACCAAGGCCCCCUGUGCAACGAACCCACCCAAGGCAUAGCCGUCUUCCUAGAAUCCCUCUCCCUCAACACCUCCUCAGACUCCGAAGCCGCGCAAAACACCGGCCGCCUCACUGGCGAAAUCCUCCGCACGACCCGCGACGCCAUCCGCGCCGGCUUCCUUGAUUGGAGUCCUAGAAUCUUGCUGGCGAUGUACAGCUGCGAGAUCCAAGCCUCCGCCGAAGUGCUGGGACGGGUAUACUCCGUCAUCACACGCCGACGGGGCAGGAUCGUAGACGAAACACUGCUCGAGCCGUCGACGAACUUCACGAUCCUGGCUUUAUUGCCCGUGGCGGAAAGUUUCGGGUUCUCGGACGAGAUACGACAGCGUACUUCCGGUUUCGCGGCGCCGCAGUUGGUGUUUGAAGGUUUCGAGGCGCUGGAUGAAGACCCGUUCUGGGUGCCGCGGACGGAGGAGGAGAUUGAGGAUUUGGGGGAGAAGGCGGACAAGGAGAAUGUGGCGAAGCGGUACGUGGAUGCUGUGAGGCAGCGGAAAGGGCUGUUUGUGCGGAAGAAGGUGGUGGAGAGUGCGGAGAAGCAGAAGACGUUGAAGAGGUAG